UUUCUUCUCUUAUCUAUCUUGACAGUAGAAUAAUGCUAUUUUAGGGUAUUCAAUCAUCAAAAAUGUCAUUCUACUGUAAAAAUACACAAAAAACAGGCCCAAACUGUAAAUAAUGUUCACAACAACAAUCUAAUUUUUUAAACCUUUUUUUUAAAACUAUCAAAUCUCACUGUUUUUACUGCAUUUAAAUCAGGAAAAAAAGUAUUAUUUUUACAGAUGUUUUUGCCGUUAUUUGAAAGAAAAAACUGACAAAAAUUGACCAAAAUUACAAAAAAAAUAGAUGAAAAACAUCCAAACAAGACACAAAAUGACAAAUACGAGACACAAAAUGAAAAAUAUGAAACCCAAAAUAUCAAAAAGAAGACACAAAAUGACAAAUAUGAACCGCAAAACAACAAAAACAAGACAAAAUGACAAAACCGAGACAUAAAAUGAGAUAAUCCUCAGUCCUUUGUCACUUUUUACGUCAUUUUCAGCCAGAGGAAAGCAGUUGAUCAGAUCUAAUUUCGAUAUAAAUGUAAAUAUUUUGGCCUGAGGAUGAAUAAUUUGGAGCUGAACUCUGCGUUUACUGCAGCUGGAGGGGCGUCGGUUUAUUAUUAGCGACCGACUGGAUCCUCCAGAGAAGCAGAAGCUCGUCAGACGAGUUGUGGAGCAGAAAAAUAAAACACGUUUAACAAAAGAGCCGCUGAGGAGCCGCGGGACCAGUUUCCUGAACAAAGAAAAAUGUGGUCGGCACACCUGAUAGCAGCCGGAGCAUCACCGCUGCAGGUGAGAGGGGCGGAGCUAAGGCGGCAGGUAGACAAACAGUAGCACGCCGAUCCCCCGAGUCUGACAGAAACAACAAGACGAUGAAGACGUGAGGACUGGAACAUGAGAUAAGAGCUUCUGAGAGACGACUACAGAAUGUCUUCGUUAUCAGAAGCAGAUUUCCGCUGCCAGCAUGGAGACACAAUCUGUGAGAUCCGGGUCUAUGAACAGGAAGUGAUCGUGGUUCCCAUCUUCCUGCUGUCCAGCUUCCUCUUCACGCUGGUCUUCAUCUUCCUGCUGCGAUUCUGUCCAGAGAAGGUCGACCGGAUCCGUCCCAACGCCUCCAAGUCCACGCCCAGGAGAGUUCUGCAAGGCAUCGAUGCUCCUCCUGGCAUCAACGUUCUGGACCAUGAGAACAUCGCCCUGGAGGCCCUCAGCUCCUACUCCACCUUCCACCCUCCCAACACCUACCAGUCCAAGCGUCUGUCCACACCUGUCCUCCCGGUACCUGUCCUCCCCCUCAGCCCUGUCCCCCAGCAGCCCUUCACCCCCAGCUUCACCCCCAGCUUCACCCCCAUCGUCCAGCCCAGAGAGCUUCCUCGCCAGCGGCUUCCCGAGUCCUUCAACCUGGUCUCUCCGCUGCCGGCCGCCUUCUCGCUGAAGUCCGACUCCUCGGUGUCGCUGUACCGAGCCAGAAUGGAGAACAGGAACGUGGUGCUGCGAGUCCUGAACGACUCUGCCGAUGCCUCAGAGAGACACAGCUUCCUGGGCUUCGCCUCCUUCCUGGCCCAGCUCGGUCCUCAUCCCUUCCUGCCGGAGCUCCUGGGCGUCGUAUCGCUUCGAGCUCCGCUGGUCACCGUGGUGGAGGAGCUGGAGAACAGAGACCUGCUCAGCUUCCUGUGGAGAUGCAGACAGGAAAGAACAGAUCCUCUGGCUGAAAUGACGGAGAGACGGAUAUUUACGAUGGCCCAACAGGUGGCCUCUGCUCUGGAGUUCCUCCACGGCAAAGAUCUGCUCCACGGAAACCUCCGAGCUCGCAGUGUUCUGGUCAGCCAGGGCUUCACGGCCAAGCUGUGGGGGCUUCACAGCGUCUACAGCAGGAGGAACCAGGACUCCGCCCAGAGAGAAGAUCCCAGCGUGAAGAAGUGGCAAGCUCCAGAGCUGCUGGUCAGGAAGCCGGCCAGCCACAGCAGCGACAUCUGGUCCUUCGGCAUCCUGCUGUAUGAAAUGGCUUCUUUAGGUGAAGCUCCGUUUGCAGAGAUUUCCGUCAAUGAACUUCUACAGUUUCACCAACGAGGAAAAACUCUGAAGAAACCGCCCAACUGCUCCAACGCACUAAACACCAUCAUUAAGGGCUGCUGCCAGUGGAAGGACCAGGACCGACCCACGCUGGCUGAAGUCAGCAGGAAGCUGGCGUCUGGAGAGAAGAGCGCCUCGGAUAAAGUCCUGAAGGCCGGCGGGCCGGUGAACAUCGAGCAGUAUCUGCAGGAGGCCGGAUACGGAGAAACCAACAGCUACACCGUCUUCUGAUCACACCAAUAAACUGUUAGAACACUUUAACUGUUCCACCGGGAACGGAGACGUUUCAUGUUUGUUCUCCUUGACAUUCACACAUCAGGAAAAAACUGCUUGUUAACUAAGGUAACUCUGGGAAUCCUAACUUUUAGUCUCAUCUGUGCGUCUGUGUUAAUAAUUAUUUUUUAUAUUUCUUGAACUUGACAAGAUAAAAAACUGUCUUCAUAAUUGUUGAUUAUUUUCCAGAGUAAUCGUUUGAGAUCAGGACAACACUGUUUAACCAUCUCUAAAUAUGAAAUACCAAACAUCUGUUGGUUUUAGUCUCCAGUUUUGCAGCUUUUUGGUUCAAGAACUUUGACCUCCAACAAACUGCAAUGAUUAAUGAAGUGACCUAAGCAAAAACCAACCAUCUGAUUGGUCGAUUAAUCGUUGCAGCUCCAGUAAUUUUGCAUCAAUAGACUUUGAAAUGUGUAAAUCUGACCAAUGUACAGAAAUCCUGUUAAUAUAUGAAGGUUUACAGCAUCUGACGGGUGGAAUUUAUGUUUUUAAUCAUACGUUUGUAUGAUUCAUUAGUUCUGAAUGAGGGAGAAAUCAAUUCAAGAGAAAGAAACUUAACUGUAAAUAAAGUAUUUCCACACUCCUGCAGUAA